ACGAGCCGCGGGCGCGCACCGCGGGCGCGCGGCGCUCGGCCGCGGGCAUGGACUGGGAGAUCGCGGACAGCACGCGCGUGGGCCGCAGCCGCAGCCAGUGGUGCUCGCCGCUCCCCCUGAACUUCAGCUUUGCGGGGCUGAGCCUGCUGGGCAUCGCCCGGGUCUUCCUGCUGGUGCAGUGCGGCUACGGCGUGGUCCUCGUGGCGCUGCACGGGCUCCUGCUCGCCCCGCCGUUCAACGAGUCCACCUGCGUCUGGCUGCCCCCCUGGACGGACCUGGCAAGGCCUCGGGGCUGCGCGCAGACCGCCCCCCACAGGCGGCCCCGGCUGACCUGA